AUGAUGCAGCCCACGCCUGCACCAACAUCGCCUCCAGGUUCACCAGGACCGAUUCACGAUGAAGAAAUUACAGUUUACCCACCUCCCCCGCAAAACAAUGGCAGUGCUCCCUUUUCAGUGCUAGCUGGGCUAUUUGAGAAAUUAUCGACAGAAAGAAAGCCUGAACGAAGACGACGACUUUUGGAUGUCUGGUUCAACCAUUGGAGAGAAGAAAUUGGGCAUGAUCUUUAUCCCGUUCUCCGCCUGGUGCUUCCACAGGCAUACCGUGAGCGCGCUGUGUAUGGCCUGAAGGAGAAGAACCUCGCGAAGACCUACAUCAAGCUGAUCCCACUCGGCAUAAGAGAUCCAGAUGCGAUCCGCUUGCUCAACUGGAAGAAGCCCACCGAAAAAAAUAAAAGCUCUGGCGACUUUCCCACAGUUUUGUACGAGGUUGUGAGUAAGAGAUCUUCGGUCGUCGAGGGAAGCCUAUCAGUCCAUGAUUUGAACGAAAUUCUGGAUGAUUUGUCCAAGAACAUUGGCAAGCAGGACGUUCAGUCCAGAAUUCUGCAGCGUAUUUACAAUCGUGCUACUGCUGAGGAACAGCGGUGGAUUGUACGUAUAAUUUUGAAAGGCAUGUUCUCUUGUAUCCAUGGCUCCAAUCAUCUAUUAACUUUCCAAGACAUGGUUAUUUCUGUGAAAGAAACAACCGUUUUUGGUGUGUUCCAUCCAGAUGCACAAGAUCUAUUCAACAUAUGUUCGGACCUCAAGAAGGUUGCUUGGGAGCUAUGGGAUCUUUCGAGGAGGUUAAAUGCUGAGGAUAAAUCCAUUCAAUUGUUCCGUGCAUUUGCGCCGAUGCUGUGCAAAAGAUCGAUCCAUAAGAUCGAGGAUUCGGUGAAAGAAAUGCAAGGUCAUAAAUUCAUCAUCGAAGAGAAACUUGAUGGCGAGCGCAUGCAGCUGCACAAGCGCGGAAAUGAAUACUUUUACUGUUCGAGGAAAGGAAAAAAUUACACUUACUUGUACGGACAGCAUGUUGGGCAGGGCAGUUUGACUCCUUUUAUCGACUCUGCGUUUGAUGAGCGGAUAGAUGACAUCAUUCUCGAUGGAGAAAUGUUAGUCUGGGACCCCGUUUCUGAACGUAACUUGCCAUUUGGUACCUUGAAGACGGCUGCACUUGACAAAUCAAAGAAGGAGCACAAUCCCAGGCCAUGCUUCAAGGUUUUUGACCUCCUCUACCUCAAUGGCAUGUCCCUCCACCAGAAGUCACUCAAGUUCCGCAAACGUAACUUGCGCGCAUGCAUCAGAGAGAUACCGGGCCGCAUUGAAUUUACAGCAGAGUUCGAAGGCAAGACCGCCAAAGAUGUUCGGCAGAAGAUGGAUGAAGUCAUGGCGUCAAGAGGGGAAGGCCUCGUGAUCAAACAUCCCGACUCCGAGUACAUUUUAAAUGGAAGAAACAAGGAUUGGAUCAAGGUCAAGCCUGAAUAUAUGGACAAUAUGGGCGAGACCGUGGACGUGUUAGUAGUCGCUGGCAAUUACGGCACUGGGAAACGUUCAGGAGGUGUCUCGACACUCAUCUGCGCAGUCCUCGACGAUCGGCGCCCAGAAGAUGAUGAAGAACAGAAGUACAGUACCUUUGUCAGAGUGGGCACAGGCUUGUCAUUUGCAGACUAUGUCUGGCUCAGACAAAAACCUUGGAAAGUAUGGGAUCCAAAACAUCCCCCAGAAUUUCUACAAACUGCAAAAAAGACGUACGAAGAUAAAGGUGAUUUGUAUCUGGAACCAGAGGAUUCGUUCAUACUGAAGGUCAAGGCAGCUGAGAUCACGACUUCAGAUCAAUAUCAUUUGGGCGUUACAAUGAGGUUUCCUCGAGCUUUGUCAAUUCGCGAUGACCUGUGCAUUGCAGAUUGCAUGACUGCAUCAGCUGUUCUGGAGAGCAUGCGUUCCGAACGUAAAAGAAAGAUGGAAAGUGAUGCUGGCAUGUCCAAGAAGAAGCGAAAGACAAUGACAAAGAAGGCAAGCGCAACUGUCCUACCACAAUAUCAAGGACCUAAUCUACGUACAGUCGAGAUUGAGUCAGACCUCUUUGAGGAUAUGAGAUUCAUGGUAUCUUCAGACCCAAAGUCGCGAACAGGCAAUCAAGACCGUCAAGAACUGAUGAAAUUGAUCCAUACAUAUGGGGGUAGCUGCGUGCAGGUCGUUACAUCCAAACAGCCUAUUACAGUCAUUUAUGGAGGGACGACUACGCCUUACGACAUCAAGCUGUUAAUUGAUAAGGACAAUGUUGACAUCAUCAAGCCUCAGUGGAUCGCGGAUUGUAUACGUCGGGGAGAGCUCGUUCCUCUCAAAAAGAAGUACUUCUUUCACGCCACCCUAGCACGUCAAGAAUCCGACGAUUAUCGUCAGCUGGACACUGACGAGGAGCAAGAAAUGUCUGACGGAGUUGUACAGGAAGACGCGAGUUUGAAAAUGCCAAUCACCCCGGAAGGCUUCGAGCCGAAACUCGAAGAAACUGAGGAAGUUGAUUCUGAACUCGCGGACUGGUUUCAAGUCGACGCCAAGCUUGCCGUUCCAGAAGACAGUGAAACGGAGGAUGAGUCUGAUGCGGAUUCGAACAACGAUGAUGUCAAAGAGGAAGAUGAUAAUGAGUGGCUCCAAGCGUCCUAUAGUCCCGUGGUCAAGCCUCUCGACGAGAACUCAAACACCACGCUUCAUUCACAGUCACAGGGCGUGGUAAUGGGGGAAGACGACCAAGCGAGGGAAUACGACGCAACAGAAAUAUUCAGACAUCUUUGCUUUUACCUUGACACGCCAGGCAAUGCACGGUCAAACGGCAUGUCGGUAAAAACGAAGUAUGAACAGGAGAUCUCCACCACCUUCGACCAUGUUUCAAGAAGCAUUCAGGAGAAUGGUGGAAAGGUAGUUGCACUCGACGACCCAAAGCUCACGCAUGUUGUCUUGGACAAGCGAGACGACUCGCGUCGACUGACGCUCAUACAGCGUACCUCGAGACCUAAACGACGCCGAUUGGUGAUAUCGGAUUAUGUGACAGCUUGUUUAGAAGAAGAAUCGUUACUCAACGAGGAAGAUUUUGCUCCGUAA